UUUGGAGACUAAAAAGCGGGAAAGAGUUACCUACACUUUCCGCAAACCUUCCAGCAAAAAAGAAGAGAAAGACGACACAUCUCCACCAAUUAAGGAUGUUUAUGAAAUUCCUUCUAGUGGUUGUGAAGACAAUUCUGACAUAAAAAGCAUUAAAGGUGAAGAGAAAUCUCAACAUCACAUUUUUGUGCCUCUCCCUGUUCCUGCGUCGCAAGUUAGAGCGCCGGUUAUGCUUCGAAGUAAACUUUUAUCUUCUGACAGUGAACCUUCAAUUUCUCAUAAAAUUUUGCGUUCUGAAAGUUCUGAGGAGGAAGAUGAUAUGGAAUCUUGUCAUGAAAGUGAUGAUAAUGGUGAAAAUGAUGGAGAAGGAGGAACAAAUAUUUUGAAUAAAGAAAAUUCUUUGGAGGAAACAAAAAAGAAAGUUUUGGAUAUUCAAAGUAGAAUUACUCUUCAACCAGCAAUUGUUAAUGACAAAAAUGAAAAUAAUUUGGGUGAAGAAGAUGAACUUCAAACUAUUUCUGUUGAGGUUGAUGGAUGUGUUGAAUUUGACACAGAUGAUGAUUCAAGUUAUCAUGACUGUUCUGAAGGUGAAGAUAACGAGAACCGUUUAAAACGUAUAAUGGAAGAAGAUGAAUGUUAUGGAGAAGAUGGGGCUUUAAUUGAUGAAGGUUUGGAUUCGAAUAAUUGUAUUGAGGAGAAGAAAGUGGAAGGGGGGAAAGGGAAGGUAACGGUUGAGGAGGAAGAAGAAAUUGAAGAUUCUUCAACAAUGACAAGUGAAGUAAUGACUGAAAUUGAAAAUGAAGAUAAAGAGCAACAGAAGACUUUGACUUGA